AUGAAAGACGAUCAUGAUACCCUAGAGCUUCUCGAGGGUUUCCCCCCUGAGCCACUUGCAGAGGGGUCACGGGUUAGCAUCGCGGGUAAGGCCUACGACCUCAAGUACAUGCUGGGCCAAGGCGCCUACGGCUGCGUAUAUGCAGCUGCCCAAAACUGCAGUGAAGAUUGCGAGGAGCAAGGUCGUGGACAAUUAGAUAGUGGACAGGAGAAAGUUUAUGGCUGCGGGUAACACUUGUUUUCGAAAUAACAGAUGAUAUUAAGUUCUUCAUGAUGCCUAAUUGAUAAAUUGAAAUCGAGCAUACAGCUUCAACUUACUAUUAAAUACAACCUCUUUCUUGCGAGAACUACGAGGAUUUGCAUUUGCCACAACUGCAGAGGAGAUGGAUAUAGUGACAGUUUAAUGUUCCAUUUUCAUGCCUUGAACUUCUCGGCACUUAAGUUUCUCGCUUCAUACCACUACUAGUUUACUUAACUGUAAUAUUAUCGAACUUCUAACAAGAAGCAGUGGCGAUCAAAGAGGUACGCUGUGGCGCAGGACUGGGACUCCCAGACAUGACGCGAGAUCGCCUAUACUUUGAGCUCCAGUGUCUCCGCAAUAUACCUCAAUCACCUUCUCCAGGCGCGCCGCGGCUUCUCGGCGCUACCUGUUUUUUAAGGAUCGGCGAUUGUAGUAGUAGUUGUUGAUGUCGUUGUGCUUGUUGUCCACACGUGACGGUGACGAUCGUAGAAGCGUCUUCCUCUCCACCAGGGCGAACAUUGAGUUCAAAGGGAAGAAUCUACUUAUAAGUACUUGACUUCAUCCAGAAGUAGCUGCGCAACCCGUGUCACGACCUGCCUCUGGAAUCGGAGUUAUAUCUACUUCCCGAGAUCAUGACUAAAGCCUCCUCGUCGUCUAAGUCUUACCAAUUUGCCUGGUUUUGGACACGAUGCGGCAAUAUUGCGAUUUGUGAUGACAAAAAUGCCAGGCGAUCCUCUUGCGGAUUCAUCGCUGAGGAGAACUAAAGAUACAGCGUUAAGCCCCUCGAGAAAUGCUUGGCAUGCAUUGCAAAUUUCGGUACGGAUGCUGUGUCAAAUGAGCGAGCUGUUCUCGCAUGUGGCAGAUCACUUAGUGCAUCGCGACAUUAACGGACGUAACAUCUUGUUUGAACGGCCUCCUGACAUAAGCGACAACAACGUAAACAUGAACGACAAGAACAACGUUCUGGAGCAGAGCCCAUGUCCUGAGCAAGAUGCUGAUACCAAUAAAUCAGAACGUGAAAUAAAGCCACCUUCUUUUUGCCUUGUGGAUUUUGGUUCCGCUAUUGAUACCAGGACGUUCGCGGAGUCCUGGGACAAACUACCACCGACUGGCGAAUCUAC